AUGUCACCUGAGUUGAUUGAAAGCAAACGCUCGCGUGUCGGCUGCGCCAGAGCAGACACGCCAGAGUUCACUUUCAAAGGACGGCUGAUUACUCAGAUCAGAGAAGAAAUAAAAAUAUUUCUGUCACUCACCCUCACCGAUAAGUGUGUUCUAUAUCAUUUGUGUGUGCAGGUGUGGUGCGCGAGCAUCGUGCGCGACGACUGGGCGGCGUGCCGCGUGGAGGCGCCGGCCGACGAGCUGCAGCGCCGCUUGUUCUUCCGCCUCAUCGACCUCGUGCACCUCAUGGGCGGCGAGGUGGAGCUAGUGCUGCCAGGCGCGGAGGAGCUAUUGGCGGCGCCGGCGCUGUCGGCGCUGGCGCAGGACGCGCGCUUCGGCUACAUCCUCAAGUACGGCUACGAGUGCCUCGCCGCGCGCGACCCGCCGCCCGCGCCGGCCUAGCACCACCCAGACACUUCCACCGAUGACUCUACCAUAAGCUGAUCUAAAGCCCGGUCCGUG